AUGGCGUCGAUUCUGACGAGAAAGCGAGGGAGGCCAUUUGGAAGUAGAUUUACGCCCGAAGAAAGGAAAGCAAGAAAAAAAGAAUAUCAAAGACUUUUCGGCAAGGAAAGCGUCCACAUCGGAGAUCAUAUAACACGAUGGAACCGGCUUAAGGUGGCACUCUGUCUUAUGUAUAACCAUGAAGUGGCAGGGUAUCUGCUUGACAGAUACGAGAAUGACAAAUAUACACAGAAACUGGUUAAGAAAAACAGAAUUUGUCAUCGAGAUAAAACAGCAUCAGCGCACAACACCUCAUCUACACUGGCAGACUCUCAACUAAGUCAAAAUGAACAGACAGCUGUCCAUGAGGGGUCAGAAAAACAACAUGGCAAGUUCUCAAAAUCUAAGGUUGAUGAUCCAUCAUUGGACCCUGAAGAAAUAAGCAAUGGCAUCUCGCUUCAGUUAGAAGUUGAUGAUGGGGUAGAGUCUAUUGAUGAUGAUGAGUCUGUUGAUGAAGAUUCCAGCAGUGAAGAUGAAGAGUUGAUGAUGGAGCAGAUUGAUGAUGGAGCAGAGUCUAUUGAUGCUGUAAUAUAUGUCUCAACUUCUCUCACUGUAAAUUUGUUUUUGAAAGUUGAUGAUGGGGCAGAGUCUAUUGAUGCUGUAAUAUAUGUCACAUCUCUUUCUCUCACUGUAAAUUUGUUUUUGACAGUUGAUGAUGGGGUAGAGUCUAUUGAUGAUGAUGAGUCUGUUGAUGAAGAUUCCAGCAGUGAAGAUGAAGAGGAAAUGGGAAUAAAACAGGAACAGGACUCUGAGGAUUACACCACACAAAACUCUGGAUCCACCCCUCAGUCAGAGAGCAGUACAAUUCAAACUAAAACCAGUAAAUCUGUUGAGUCAGGGGGAGAUAAUCCCUCCCACAUGAUUACAGAAGUAAAACAAGAACCUGUUGAUAAUUACUGUGAUUCCCUGGAUUCUGUGUUACCAAGUGAUACAAGGGAGAUAAACAGGGAGGAACUAGAAAUGAUAAAGACAGAACUAGGCAGCGCACCCGAGAACAACAGCAGUGGACCAAGAACUUCAAGUGCGAAACCAACUCCAGCAGUUCAUCCUUCAGUCCUUGCACAGAAUGUGCCUCAGAAUACCGUGCUGUUUGCACACAGGAUAAUAAAGACAGUGAUACCUAUGGCCAAUGUAGCCUCUUCAGAGAUACCUCUCUCUGUAAACACAAACACAGGGGGGAAUAUGAUAUCCUUCCCACUAAAGACUUCCAUAGCUGGAAAUUCUUUGUAUCUGCAGAAUAAUUCUCUACCUCAGACACUGUUAGUAAAUCCCCAGAAUGCAACACUAGUCCAUCCACUGGGACUGAAUCUUCAGGGCUCCUCCCAGAUCCCGGGAUCUAUUCCUAGGGCAGCUAACUUUACGGUGUUACCAAAUUUAGUUCAGAGGGGCUUUAUAUCAUCAAAACCUUUUAUUGUGACAGGAGGGCAGCAGGUUACAGCAGGAAGGCAGCAAACUUUAGCAGGAGCACAGCAGCCUAAUACACGAGAACAGCAACCUAAUACAGGAGCACAGCAACCUAAUACAGGAGCACAGCAACCUAAUAUGGGAGCAUGGCAGCCUAAUAGAGGAACACAACAGCCUACAAUAGGAGCACUGCAGCUUAAUAUAGGAGUACAACAGCCUAAUAUAGGAGCGCAGCAGUCUACAAUAGGAGCACAGCAACCUGUAGGAUUGCAGCAGUCUGUAGAGGAAAGUAAACUUAAGAGGGCACUGUCUGAGAAAGAUGACAGGGCGAGGACCAGAAAAAGGUUUGCCAGUGUUGCCGGGAAGGAAACACAAGAAGAGGACCAGUCCAAGACAAUACAUAGCAAUGAUACAUCUGAUGAUUGUCUUGAUGUUGACGAGGAUGAUAUUCAGUCAGAAGCUGAUGAUUUUGAUGAAAAUCAUAGCCGAUCAUCUGAAGGCAGUGAAAUUGGAGAAGAUACGGAAAAACCAUCAAAGCCUGCCACAGGCAAGUCAAAUAUAUUUCCUCGGCAGAAGAAAAAAAGAUUCAAGAAAAGCACAGAUGAAGAAAUCAGCAGGUUGUUUGAGGCUCGACAAACUGCAGGCACCAGGAAAAAUACCACAUGGGGAUGUAAAAUGAUUCAAGACUGGAGUAAAGAGAGAAGAGGAGAAGAGAUAGAUUUUGAAACAGUUUCACCAACUCAGCUCAACAAACUGCUGGAGAAGUUUUACUGCGAGGCCAGGCCCGAGAAAGAUGGUCAAGUUUACCAUAAAAAUACAUUGAAGAAUCUGAGAGCUGCCAUAAAUCGGAGACUGGGAGAUUUAAAGAGAAGUGUAGACAUUGUAAAAGAUAAGGAAUUUAGGUCAUCUAAUGGAGUCUUAGCGGGCUUAUUGAAAGAGCGUGCAAGGGAGGGCAUAGGAGUUUCCACACAGCACAAAGAAAUCAUAGAAAAAUCUGAUCUGGAGAAAAUAUCAGCUUAUUUUAAACAUGCACUGCUGAACCCGAUAAUUCUCAGACAAUGUGUUUACUUCCAUCUAACUGUUCACUUCAUAUGUCGAGCUCACGAGUUCCGGAAAGACCUUAAGAUAGACUCAUUCACAUUCCACAUAGAUGACAAUGGUGAAUAUGUCAAUCAUGAAAUUCGACUAAAAGGUGUUAGAAAUGCAGAAAUAACCAUGGAUAAGCGCAUGUAUGCAACACACGAAGACACAUGUCCUGUAAAAAUGUUAAAAUUACUUAUAGAUAAAACAGAUGAUUGUGCCUCCGCACUUUUUAAUAAUUACAGAAAAGACGCUAUGUUUCUGCCAAGGAGUACGAGUAAGUGGUACAAGGAUGCCCCCCUGACACAAAGAACCAUUACUGACUUUAUGAAGGACAUCAGUAAGGCAGCUGACCUUUCUCGUAUUUAUACAGGACAAUGUUUACGGGCCACUGCCAUUCAGCACCUCACUGAUGAGGGUUUUGAGGGCGAAGAUAUUGUGUAUAUGACUGGCUAUAAAAAUGGGAAAUCUCUGAAGUCCAACAAUAAGAAGAUUUCUGCAUCACAGAAAAGAAACCUUAGUUGCUCUUUAUCUAAAAUGAUAAACCCAUUAAACAAAUGAAUAAAAGAAUACUAAAAUUC